AGAAGAGCAGACAAGAAUGAUGAUGGAAAACUGUCCUUCGAUGAAUUCAAAGCUUACUUUGCUGAUGGAGUUCUGAGUGCAGAAGAACUGCAUGAACUUUUUCACACCAUUGAUACACACAAUACUGACAAUCUUGACACAGAAGAGCUCUGUGAAUAUUUUUCCCAGCACUUAGGAGGGUAUGAAAAUGUGUUAUCUGUCUUGGAAGACUUAAACAUAACCAUACUGAAGGCAAUGGACAAAACAAAAAAAGACUAUCAGGAAGCUUCUAAUUUGGAGCAGUUUGUGACUCGCUUUCUUUUGAAGGAAACGCUGAACCAGCUUCAGUCCCUCCAGAGCUCCCUGGAGUGUGCCAUGGAAACCACGGAGGAGCAGACUCGGCAGGAGAGACAAGAUCCAACAAAACCAGAAGUGCUCUCAAUUCAAUGGCCAGGAAAACGCUCAGCUCGAAGGCUUCAAAGGAACAACAGCCUGUUGCCAAAUAGCCCUCAUUUUAGCACAGGUUGGAUUGAGGAUGACAACCAGUGGAACACCCAGAUAAACAGACUCCAAAAGCUGAUUGACAGGCUGGAAAAAAAGGACCUAAAGCUUGAGCCAUUUGAAGAGGAAGUUUUGGAAGAAAAUGCAAAAUCUCAUAUAAUGAUUGUUCAACGUCAAAUGUCUGUGAUAGAAGAAGAAAUCAAGGAAUUCCGGCUUGCUCUGAGGCAGUACGUGGAAUCUGCUUCUACUCAGGGUGGCUGCUUGCAUGUUUCCAUACAGAAGCUUCCAAGUGAUUCCCGCUUCAUUGUUUAUGAGUUCUGGGAGAACAGCAAUGCCUGGAACAGCCAUCUUCAAAUGAAUUACAGCAAGACGUUCCAAAGAAGUAACGUAGACUUCUUGGAAACUCCAGAGCUCAUCACAACAAUGCUAGUCCCUGCAUCGUGGUGGGUCCUCAAUAACAACUAGAAGCUGUGGUUCCAAGUAAUGUUGAUGUUGCAUUGUUUUUCAUUACAAUAGCAUUCAUAUAGCAGUGUACAGGUGUGCUGGGCUAUGAAUUUAUGAUGUGAUACUGUUUGUUAUUAUGGAUGUGAACUUUUCCAUUUUAAGAUAUGGAAAACUGCACAUUUAUUACCUUCUCUUCUUGUGACUAGUUCAGUGAAAUCAUGCAUUCUAAAAGCUGAAAUAAGACAAUUAUGCUAAACUGUUUAUUGUGUAGAUUCAGUCCAAACUGUCACAGAAAAGUGCAUCUUGACUGGUAUGACUAAAUAUUUGUGAA